AUCAACUGAACAGCAAGAUAGAGUACGGCGAGGACCAGAUACUUGCCUUUUAAUUGUAGUUUUCUAACUGUCAGAAGUUAAUUUGGCUAUUUAAAUUGCAAACCUCCGAUUAAGGAUUUUAGUUGCCAACAUUUUUUUGCUAGCCAGCAGUUGCCUUCUUGCUGUAUUUUUAGGAGGCGUAGCUAGCGAAGUUAUGUCACAGAUAGGAGGUUUGGUUAUGUCAGCCAACGAACGUUAGGUACACGGGGAAUGGGCAUUACGGUGCUGUAAUGCAGAAUCGGUAUAUAUAGGUUUUGAAAAAAUGGGAUGUCUUCAUACGAACUAUUUUAACUUUAGUCACCAGCUUGGUGGGUGUUCUAUUCGGCUCUCGCGGAAUAAGGCCUACUAGCUCUUCUCUUGGAAAACAACACGAGUCUUUCACAAUGGCACAUGUAAAAGAUAGUCUGAAGUAUUUUUGUGAGGAGUAAGGAGUGUUUUUGUCUGAUUAUCAGUUCACUUUUCAACACCGCUAGCUAGCUAUACGUUAUAGUCCGAGACGAAAAUGGAGACGGGAAUCCAAACUCACCAGUUUGUCCACGCCGUAUCCAACCCUGGAGCAGCGGGUAUAUGCACUGAAAUGCUCGAGGUGGCAGAGGAAGCAAACCGGGCAGGUGACUACGACCUUGCCGCGGAGAUCUAUAGCGCUCAGCUGGUGGACCUCCAGCAUCCAGACCGGGGCAUCUGUUUGCGCAAAGCUGACGCUCUGUCCCAGGCGGGGCGGAUAGCAGAGGCGCUUGACUCGUACUGCACCGCGGCCAACAUUGGCAAACUUCGACCGGACGAAUUGCAGCUUUUGGUUGUAAACAUAGCACGGACCCUUCGCGAGAAGCAGCUAAACAUUCAUGGGAAGGCAACGAGUUGUCAUAAAAGUGGGAAUGGAGACGAUGGUUUUGAGGACGAACCCCUGGACUUGUUUUCAUGCCGCCUUUGUAGGUGUUUACUAUCCGAACCAACCACCUUGGAGUGCGGCCAUACAUUUUGCAAACAUUGUUUAGAAAAAGAAACGGUCAAAAACUGCAUACAAUGCAAACAUAAACUGAACAGAAAAGACGUACAGAUCCUUCCCAUUGGGCUUAGAGUAAAUGUCAUCCUCAGUAGUUUGUUGGAUAAAUGGUUCGACUCUGAAAGUAAAGCCAGGAGGCAUUGGAUAGAAGGUGAGGUCUCACAGAAGAAGCACAACUACACAGAUGCUUUGGAGAAGUACAACAAAGCCGUAGAACUGGGUAAGAUAAUGUAACAUUUACAGUUGGGAUAAGCAAUUGUCGGAUUCUUGUGUUUUAGAACAGAUUGUGUAUUUUAUGUGACCAUUUUACCGAUUUAAACCAGAUAGAUCUGGUAGACCAGAUGACCUACUUUUCACUAUUCCACAUCGUGUCACGGAUAGAGGGCGACAGUGCAUUCGAAGCAAUAAUUUCAUAAACCCAGGAGCCCUACCCCCUCCCCCGGAUUACCUAACCCACAUUUCUACUCUGACUCCGAGUCUCAUACCCCAUGGAUUGAUAUAAUAUUAUUUGCAUAAUGGUUGUGCUGUUACAUUAAAAUGGACUGAACUCUAAAAUGUAACUCCAUUCAGUCUUUCCCCCACCAGCUAUCAUUUUCCCCAACAUGCUCCAUGUGGUUCUUAUUUAGUGAAGCUGCAGGGAUUUAGGUCACUCCCCCCCCCUCCUUCGUUCUACCAUUGAAACACCCGGUCAGCCCUGAGCAGUUCACUCCCUAUAGAUAUGGCCAGGGGUUGUUUUCCCCAACGGUGUGACCUAAGUUUGACAAGGAAAACUCAGGCCCCUAAUUAGCCCCUAGAAAAAACGUGUGUCCUGACCCUUACUACAGAGAGAGCAUUGAGUCACUGUCAGGAGUGAGAGCGAGCCAGCAUCAGUGUGAUUAAGCCCUUUGGUGCUUCAGUGGAGGCCGGCCCCACAGCAUAGCAUAGCAGAUCUGACUGACCCCAUUCUUUCUGCUUUAAUGUCAGCUACUGACCCUGUUGUGUAAGUCUGGGCACAGAGACACAGCGGAGUCAUAUCAUCCACAGAAAUUAGCCAAAAAUAGACAAUCAUUAAUCAGAAUUUCGACCUUAUCGUCUCUCCCCUUCCCACUAGCCAGAAGGGUGAUACAUGUUAUUGUAGGCCUAAUUCCCAGCACAGAUUGUGCAUGGUAGAUUACAGUGCACUAUUUUCAUUCAAGGGAGAUGUUUAAUAUUGUCUUCUGUUUGCACAUGAUAAAAGCAUUUGGUUGUUGUCUGACUCACUGUAGUCAAGUCUGUGCAUUUACAGGCUGUCUGCCUGCCCUCUGUUCAGUAACAAAUGUCAUAUUGUGAAAAACAUCUAACUUCACAACAAUGUACCUGUUUGAAAAUGUGUAAAUUCCAUUUUCUCAUUCUGCCUGUUCUCUCUGUUCUGCAGCGCCAUCUGUAGGUCGGCUACUGGGACAGCGUGCUGAGCUGCACUUGGACAGUAGCAACUACAGCCAGGCCAUCCAGGAUGCAGAGAGCAUGUGUAGACUCAAACCUCUCUGGCCAAAGGUGAGAGAAAUAGAUAUGUAACUCAAUCUACCCAGCACAGUAUAGACAUAUCUGGGCCUAAAAUAUUAAUGUGUCUGUCUAGUUAUUCACAUUUUACAUUUUAGUCAUUUAGCAGACACUUUUAUCCAGUGCGACUUACAGGAGCAAUUAGGGUUAAGUGCCUUACUCAAAGGGCACAUCUACAGAUUUUUUUAACCUAGUCGGCUUGGGGAUUUGAACCAGCGACCUUUCGGUUACUGACACAACGCUCUUAACCACUAGGCUACCUGCCGUAGUUAUGUAAUGAAUACCCAUGACCUGUCCACAGCCACAGGCUGACCCAGCUAGCACCCAACACAUUAUACAUGCUUAGGACUGUGUGUAGGUAUGUAUGUGUUAAAGUAUGAUUGGAUGCUGCUGAGUUUGUGUUCACAGGUGAGAUUGGAUGCUACACGCUUGUGUGUGCAUGUUAAUAUGCAAAUGACCACCGCUGACAGACAUGCAGAAUAGAUCAGAUAGAGCUGAAACCCAGGCAUCGUGAAUAGGGAAGAGCUUAUGUUGACCUGGUUGAAGAGCUCCUGGAUGUUAUGACAAUGAUUACCAAAUUGGGGAUUAGAUUCUCAUGUUUUGCCAUAAAAAGAAAAAUAAAGUUAGCUCUUAAGUUGUUUAGGAAGGUCACUGUAACAAUAUUCAGAUGACCCGUUAUCAGCGUUUUGAAUAUAUACUUUAGAGGUAUAAUUGAAAUGCCAAUAGAGUAGUCCCUACUCAAAAUGUUUUUCCUCUUGCUGUGUUUUCCCAGGCCCACUACAUCAAGGCCUCAGCCCUGAGUAAAGCCAACCGCAAUGAUGAGGCCUUAAAGGAGUACUUCCUGUGUGUGGCACUGAAACCUGAUUGGACGAUGGUAAAGCUGGAAGCCCAGAAGGUAAUGCACAAUCCCCCCCCCCCCCCCCCCCCCCCCCCCCUCCCGUUUCAAUUUAGUAUUCCUGUUGAAGCGAGUUCAAAAAUGUAAAAAGUUUCAAACACUUUUGUCCAUUUACUUUCAUUAUGCAAGCUCAACCACAAACAUAUUGUCACAUCACAAUAGUAUAAAUAAUGACAGUACAACCACAGUUGCUAUGGUACUAAUGCAGUAUCACUAUGUACGAUAUGACAGUGUAAAUCUGGCUCUAUGCUUACCAGACAGGAUUAGUUUGGUUUUAAAUCCUGCUCCACAGUUGGUGAUGACGCAAUGCCCCCAUUCCAGCUGUCUUAGCUGGGGAGCUACGCCAGCCCUAUCCCCGGCUGUCACUGUGGCCUGUUUUAGUAUCUCCACUGCUGUUACAUAUUCACUGCAAUAUGUACUGUCACUAUGACAAGGCAGUCUGUUCAGUAUGUGAGCCAUGUCCUGUAUUUCCACUGUCACAUAUUCCCUUUAAACUAUGGGUACUAGUUCAAAUGCCUUUCUUACAGAGAGAGCAUUGAGGCAAGUCAGGAAUGAGAGAGAGCCAGCGUCAGAGGGUGAUUUUAAGAGUUAUAAGCUACUUAUGAGUGCUAUGACAUUGUAUGAGCGUACUUACUGACAGUGUGUGUUCUCUCUGUUUUUGUAGGUGCUUAGUGAGCUGUUCUCGUCAGUGUUUGAGAAGGACGGUCAGCCCACUCCCAAACAUCCUUUACAGGGUGGUCCUUCCACUCGCCUUCUCAAGCCGUCUGCCCUGCUCGGCUCUCUACACCCCUUCACCACCCCACCGAGGCCUGGCUGCUCCUCACAGGUCAGUACACACACACACAUUUACAUCCCCACACACCUAUUUCUCCUAGUAACCCCUCUCUUCUCUUCCAUUCUCCAGGACUCAGAGUUCAGAGUGAGGAAGAGUUCUCUGUGUGAGGUUCCCUCAGACUCCUCCAAACCUUCCCUGUCCCCCAGCAGUGAGGCUGAGAAGCCCUUGCUAGAAGACGCCAAGAGCCUAGCCAGUGUCCUGGCUGCCCUGCCUGCCCCCCCAGGCGGUCUCAAGAGGAGACACAGUGGGGACGGCCCAGCCUUCAGCCCUCCCUCCAAACUGCUCAGACCAGAUGAAGCCUGCUCCACCUCUCACCCUCCUGCUGCUUCCCUCUGGGGGAGGACGGUGGCUGCAGACCUGCUCGACAGUAGAGAUAUGGAGUGCUCCCUCUGCAUGAGGUAAGAGGACCACCAACCAACCACCACACAAUUAUAUCUUUACGAUUAACUACUCAGGGUGUUUGAUUUUCAAUCAAUACUGAUAAUUACCUCUACUGAUAAAGCUCAUGUUAUUGUGUUGUUUCUUCCAGGCUGUUCUUUGAGCCUGCUGCCACCCCCUGUGGACACACCUUCUGCCUCAAGUGUCUGGAGCGCUGUCUGGACCACAACCCCUACUGCCCUCUCUGCAAAGAGAACCUCUCCGAGGUAUAUACACACACACAGACACACACACACACACACACGAAGUAGCUGUGCUCUAUAUGUGGAUGGAAGGGUAGAGCUGGUGAUUAUGAAAAUGAUGGCUUACUGGCUGUCUGUAAUAGAAUGUAAUUUAUGUUCUGUGUUUGUUGUAACUGAGAGAUGGUUUAGCGUGACAAAAACAAAGCUGGCACAAAGCUUCCUCUGACACAGGGAUUAAACUAGGAUAUUAGACCAAUGGUCCUCUGUAGCUCAGCUGGUAGAGCACGGCGCUUGUAACGCCAAGGUAGUGGGUUCGAUCCCCGGGACCACCCAUACACAAAAAUGUAUGCACGCAUGACUGUAAGUCGCUUUGGAUAAAAGCGUCUGCUAAAUGGCUUAUUAUUAUUAUUAUUAUUAUUAUUAUUAUUAUUAUUAUUAUAUUAUAACAUUAAAGGAAAAACUCUGUUCUCUGUAAUUCCAGUAUCUGGCCACUAGAGGGUACAACAAGACCCUGCUGUUGGAGGAGGUGCUGCAGCGUUACCUGGGAGACGAGCUUGCGGAGAGGAAGAAGAUCCACGAGGAGGAGAUGAAGGAACUGUCAAAGUGAGUCACAGAUUUGAUCACUUUACUUAGCCAUUGAUUUAAUGGUAAAUUAAUCCUGUAGUAGUAACCUCAGUGAGUUAACUGCACUUCAACAGUCCUGCUUUUUAUGCUAAUCACUGACCAAUCUCGUGUCCCUCCUUCCACCCUAGCUUGAACCAGGAAGUGCCGAUCUUUGUGUGCACCAUGGCCUUCCCCACCAUCCCCUGUCCGCUGCACGUCUUUGAACCGUGCUACCGCCUCAUGAUCCGCCGCUCCAUGGAAACCGGCACCAAACAGUUUGGCAUGUGCAUCGCUGACGAGUUGAAGGGUUUCGCAGAUUACGGCUGCAUGCUGGAGGUCCGGGACGUCAAGUUUUUCCCUGAUGGGAGGUCUGUGGUCGACACCAUCGGCGUGUCUCGCUUCAAAGUACUGAGCCAUGGCCAGAGAGACGGAUACAACACGGCCAAGAUCGAGUACCUGGAGGAUAAGAAGGUGUGUGUGUUGGUGUGUACUGGCAAACGCUGUGUGAGGAAGGUUAUGCAUGUAUGUGGAUACAAAGAGUGCAUUAUAGAUAUUCAUAUCCUCACUUUUGUAAGUUUAAUGUGUGUGUGUAUGAUCCUCAGUCUUCCAUUGUGUGUAUACUGUGUAUGCUAACUGUUUUAUAUUGUGUGUGGGCAGGUGGAGGGCCAGGAGUUAGCGGAGCUGCAGAAGCUUUAUGUCUCUGUGUACGACCAGGCCAGCAGCUGGUUCACCUCCCUCAAAGACGACAUGAAGAGCCAGAUAAUCAGCCACUUUGGACACCUGCCUGGGAAGGACCCUGACCCACAGGUAUGACACUAAACUAACCAUCUCACACACACGUCUCUCUUGGUGAGACUCACGCACUCAUGUCAUAUAGUGAUUGAAUGUGUUGCGGUUAUCAAGCUCUCUCCCUCCUCUUCCUCCCUCCCUCUCUUCCUCCCUCCCUCCCCCCUCCUCUUCCUCCCCUCCCUCCAGGGUAAUCCCAGUGGUCCAGCGUGGGCUUGGUGGCUGUUGGCUGUACUGCCUCUUGACAACCGUGCCCAGCUCACCAUCCUGGCCAUGCCCUGCCUCAAGGACCGCCUCAUUGCCAUCCGCAGGGUCCUGAUCUUCGUCACGCGCAAGAGACCCCGAUGA